AUGAGAGGCGAGACCGCACCUGCAUGGAACUCUGGGAACAACACCAUUUGGGAGGAGUACACUGACAUCGCCUUUGUCGUGGCAAACAGCUUGAUUCUGUUGUUCACCUCUGUUGUUGGGAUUGCAGCAAAUGUUUUUGUGGUUCUGGCAGUUUAUCGUCAAAAAUCACUGCAAACCUUGAAUAAUGCACUGGUGGUGAAUCUAGCAGUAAUAGACAUUCUGCGAUGUGUAAUUGACUGCCCCAUUCUCUUAACCAUUAUUGUGACUGUGUAUCAAAGAGGACAUUUGGACAGGUUGAUCUGUGAUACACAAUUGGCUUCUUUCUCUUUCAGCUGCUGCAUCCAACUGUUGACACUGGCCUGUGUAAGUGAAGAAAGAUACCAGGCCAUUGCACAACCCUUCAAAACUAGUAAAAGGCGAAGGCGUAUCAUGGUACUGAUUCCUGUCACAUGGACCCUGGCUAUUCUGGUAGCUGUUUUUUGUCUGAUAUUUCUGAAGGAUUCACCCGUGCAUGUGAGAUGCAAAGGAUUACAGAGAGAGACAUCAUCCUCCUAUGACACCUUUGGAUUGUACAUGUUUCCCAUUUGGGCAGCAUGCUUUGGUGUUAUCAUUGGAUUCUACGCUCGCAUAUUUGCCAUUGUGAGAUCGCACAAUCGCAAAAUAUUUGACAAAGAAGCUACAAAACAAAAUGCAGAAGUGGAAGGUGCUGUUUGCAUGAUGCCUUCAAAAUCAAGUAAAGAAAGAGCGCGCAAAAAAAAGGAAAGUAAAAUGGCUAAGCGUGCUGGCUACAUAAUUAUAACCUUCGUCCUAUUCUGGCUGCCAUUGAUCACAACUAUCCUGAUGAAUUUUAUUGUUCACAAAAACAAGUACACACAGUCAACGAUCAUUCAGGACGUGGAGAUUCUGUCAGUCUCUGUUGCUUGCAUCACAUCACUCAGUGACCCAAUAAUAUAUGCUGCAGUGAACCCUCAGUUCCGGACAGAGUUUUCUAGACUUAAAAUCAGGUUUAAAUCUAUAUUCAAUAAGAAAUGA